AUGAAAAUCCAUUAUAUUAAUAUAUUAUUGUUUGAGCUUCCAUUAAAUAUAUUGAUAUAUAAUCAAAGGAACCAUAACAGCACCACACCACAUCAUCCACCAAAUACCAGGCUAUUAUGCGAAUGUGAAUUAUAUGCACCUGCCACCUAUGACGACGAUCCACAAAUGAAAGAAGUCAUGCAACAAUUUGAGGAUCGUACAUCACAAAGAUUUCAUGAAUAUGACGAAAGGAUGAAAACUACACGCCAAAAAUGUAAAGAUAAAUGCGAUAAAGAAAUACAAAAAAUUAUUUUAAAAGAUAAAUUGGAAAAAGAAUUAAUGGACAAAUUUGCCACAUUACAAACUGAUAUACAAAAUGAUGCUAUUCCCACAUGUGUUUGCGAAAAAUCCUUGGAGGACAAAAUGGAAAAAGGAUGUUUGCGAUGUGGAGGUGUGUUAGGAGGGGGUAUUGCACCAACAUUCGGAUUAAUUGGUUCAGUUGCUAUAAAUAUGUGGAAAACUACAGAAAUUGCUGCCGCUACGAAAGCGGCCAUAGCUGCCGGUAAAGCUGCAGGUAAAAUUGCUGGUGAAGCUGCAGGUAAGAAAGCAGUUAUUGAAGCAUUAAAAUAUUUUGGUGUAGAUGAUUUCUUUCCUGAAAUAUUUAAAUCCAUUCUUAAAAUGAGCCGUUAUACUGAUGUCACAAAAUUUGGUGCUGCUAUUGCUGAAAAACAUGUUCUGAACUGUGCGAUGUCGGCACGUGGUGGCUCUGUUAAUGAUUCUACAUGCAAUGCAUUUGAGAUUAAAUUAGGUCUAUUUGAAGCAGAAACUGGUAAACCAAAUGGUCCUCCAGCAUAUCAAGCUAUACCACAAAAGAUAAACGAACUUGCUGAAGAAGCUACACAAGCUGCUGCUGAAGCCGCCAAGAAGGCUAGUGAAAGUGCUACAGCAGCAUUUGAAACAGCAGAAAAGGAAGCUAUAGAAGCUGCAAGUAUGCAGUUGUACACCACAAUUGCUUACUCCAUCCUUGCCAUAUUAAUUAUAGUUUUAAUAAUGGUAAUUAUUUAUUUAAUUUUACGUUAUAGACGAAAAAAAAAAAUGAAGAAAAAACUCCAAUAUAUAAAAUUAUUAGAAGAAUAG